GAUAAAGGUACUAAGUGAAGCAGAUCGUGAACCGAGUAGGAUUCCCCUGGUUUCUGGUUUCUUCUUUUUUCCUCUGUUUCUCUUACAUUUGAUCGUCCAUCGGAAAUGGCUCUUGAGGUUGCUGUCAAGGCUGCUGCUGGUGCUCCAGAUGUUCUUGGAGACUGUCCAUUUUGCCAAAGGGUCCUUUUAACUUUAGAGGAGAAGAAGAUUCCCUACAAGCUCCACCUAAUUGAUCUCAGUAACAAACCCGAAUGGUUUUUGGGUGUGAAUCCUGAAGGAAAGGUGCCAGUGGCUCUUUUUGAUGGAAAAUGGGUGCCUGAUUCUGAUGUAAUUGUGGGGAUUCUCCAAGAAAAGUACCCAGAAAUCUCUCUCGUUACUCCUCCUGAAUAUGCCACCGUGGGAUCAAAGAUAUUUGGGUCUUUUGUGAGUUUUCUUAAGAGCAAGGAUCCGAAUGAUGGAACAGAGCAAGCGUUGCUGGCUGAAUUGAGUGCUCUGGAUGAACAUCUUAAGGCCCAUGGUCCAUAUGUUGCUGGGGAGAAAGUCACUGCUGUUGACCUGAGUUUGGCACCAAAACUGUACCAUCUCGUGGUCGUACUUGGCCACUUCAAGAAAUGGAGUGUUCCAGAAAGUUUGUCACAUGUCCACAUCUACACUAAGCUGCUCUUCUCCCGUGAGUCAUUUGAGAAAACCAAGCCUCCAAAGGAAGAGUUUGUUAUUGCUGGAUGGGCACCAAAAGUGAAUGCUUGAAGUAGUUCUAAAUUAUGAGGAAUCUGAACAUCAUUUGUGUACUGUUGUGACUGAAACUAGUAAGAAUAGGAUGUUCAACUCAUCAAGUUUAAGAAUGUGUUGUUCACCUAUUAAAUAAUGAUAUUAAUAAAUAUGUAGUUUGCUGGUGUGCACAUUUUGAAUUUCAAAGUUAUAUACACUUUAUUUCUUCAUCAAUUGAUUAUUAAAUCACUAGGUGUGAUGUUAUGAUUAAUGAGAUGCCCUUCUGUUUA